CGGCGCGCCGCGGAGCUAUGGAAGCAGCUAACCUUUCGGUGGCCGCCACCGGCGUCGCCCUUCCCGCCGGACCCGAGACCUGCAACAGCAGCCCAAGCCCCGGCGGGGUCGUCAGGUCCACCCCAGGCGGCGCUGCCCUGCCCGGCCGAGAGCCGCCCCUCUCGGUGUUCACGGUGCUGGUGGUGACGCUGCUGGUGCUGCUGAUCGCGGCCACUUUCCUGUGGAACCUGCUGGUUCUGGUCACCAUCCUGCGCGUCCGCGCCUUCCAUCGUGUGCCGCAUAACUUGGUGGCCUCGACGGCCGUGUCAGACGUGCUAGUGGCAGCGCUGGUGAUGCCACUGAGCCUGGUGAGCGAGCUGUCGGCCGGGCGACGUUGGUGGCUGGGCAGGAGACUGUGCCACGUGUGGAUCUCCUUCGACGUGCUGUGCUGCACCGCCAGCAUCUGGAACGUGGCGGCCAUCGCCCUGGACCGCUACUGGACCAUCACGCGCCACCUGCAGUACACGCUGCGCACCCGCCGCCGCGCCUCGGCGCUCAUGAUCGCGCUCACCUGGGCGCUCUCCGCGCUCAUCGCCCUCGCGCCGCUGCUCUUUGGCUGGGGUGAGGCAUACGACGCUCGGCUCCAGCGCUGCCAGGUGAGCCAGGAACCCUCCUACGCCGUCUUCUCCACCUGUGGCGCCUUCUACCUGCCGCUCGGCGUAGUGCUAUUUGUCUACUGGAAGAUCUACAAGGCGGCCAAGUUUCGCUUCGGCCGCCGCCGCAGGGCUGUGCUGCCGGUGCCCACAACCGUGCAGGUGAAGGAGGCCCCUCAUGAGGCUGAGAUGGUGUUCACGGCGCGUCGCCCAACGGUGACCUUUCAGGCAGGCGGAGACUCGUGGCGGGAGCAGAAGGAGAAGCGGGCAGCUAUGAUGGUGGGCAUUCUCAUUGGCGUGUUUGUGCUGUGCUGGAUUCCCUUCUUCCUGACGGAGCUCAUCAGCCCCCUCUGUGCCUGCAGCCUGCCCCCCAUCUGGAAAAGCAUAUUCUUGUGGCUUGGCUACUCCAAUUCUUUCUUCAACCCCCUGAUUUACACAGCGUUUAACAAGAACUACAACAACGCCUUCAAGAGCCUCUUCACCAAGCAGAGAUAAGCACAGG